UCUCCCUCUCCCCGGCCGGCGGCCCUCUUCACGGCGGCGCUCCUCUCCCCUCCUCUCCCGAGGUCGCCCCACCUCCGCCUUUCUCGCCAGCGUCCACAAAUUUCGGGGGUGGGGGGCGCACCCUCCAGAUCGGCCCCUGCUCUUCCAGAAAUGGAGGGUAACGCGCUGGGCAUCUCGGUCGCCGGUUGCGGCGCCGACGCGGCGGGGGACGAUUUCAAGUACAUCUGCGGGCUGAGCACCAUCCUCGUCGCCACCAUCCAGGAGGUCAAGGACCGGGUCUCCCAGAUGGAGUUCAUCUUCUGCACCCAGCUCUUCCCGCACAUCCAGGCCAAGUCCAAGCUCCUCCACGCGCGGCACGCGGAAGAUUCCACCGCCACUAGGGCGGCCGAGGACGAGUGGAGGAAGAGGGAGGCCGGCCUGGCCAGCCAGCUGGAGGAGCUCAAAUGCGGGAAGCGGCGCGCGGAGGACAGGCUGCUGCAGCUGGAGGCCUCUCUUGAGGCGAUGAAGGGGAAGCUUGCGGAUGCCGCGGGAUUGGCCGCGGAGCAUGAUGCCGAGAAGAACCAGCUCCUGGGGAGACUGGAGGAGCUCAACCGCGGGAAGCGGGGUGCGGAGGAUCGGCAGCAGCAGCUGGAGACCUCCCUCGACGAGAUGAAGGGGAGGCUUGCGGACGCCACACGAUUGGCCGCGGAGCAUGACGCCGAGAAGAAGCGGCUUCUCGCGAGGCUGGAGGAGGAAACGAAGAAAGACGAGGUGAUUCGCCGGCUCCAGAGGGAGAUUGGGGAGAAGGCUGCUGAGAUAUCAAGGGAGAGGGAGGCUCAUCAGCAGCUCCUGCUGCAGCAGAUGGAGUCCAAGGAUAAUGAUCUUGCUCUUGAGAAGAAUAGGGUCAAUCUUGUCACUGCCAGGUACAAGGAUCUCAAGUCUCAGUACAACCAUCUCCUUGCAAAGCUUGACCAGAAUGAAGGCUCCAAGUCUCCUGUCAACAGCAAGUCCUCCUCUGCAAGUCCUCCGAGCAAGAGAAAGCUUAAAGAUUUACAGGACAGAGAAAAGGAGAGCAUACAGCUAGUGUCUAAGACUGAAGACCAAAAGAAUGCUUCUAGUUCAUCUGCCAAGGCCCAACAGACUCCACAUGCUACCUCUGGAAGCCCUCCGAGUAAGAGAAAACUUAAAGAUUUGCAUGACAUAGAAAAGGAGAGCAUUCAGUUAAUCUCUAAGACUGAAGACCAAAAGGACACUCCUAAUUCAUCUGGGAAGGCCCACCAUACUCCACGUGCUACAUCGGCCAGGAGCCUGUUCAGUAACUCGCGCCUUUGUCUGCCAUCUCAUCCAACCAUCCCUCCGCAAAAGAAUGCUGCUAGCACUUCAAAGACAGAUGCAUCAUCUAGUUUCACCCGCCCAAGUCACUGGAGGGAAACUCGUGCACGUAAGGAACCAGGUGUUGUUGAUCCACAUGACGAUUUUCUGGACACUCCUCUGGAGGCUGUCAGAAAUACAGUCAGGAAUCCUACAGCUCGCGAAGAAGCACUAGCUCUUGCUGCCCCUCCUCCCCAAGAUAUGGACUUCAAUAACUCUGACGAUGAGACUCAAGACAUCAAUAUUGCCACUCAGGGCCUCAACAACAUACCAGUUCCCAAGCAACGAAGCACCAUUUCAAUCCAUCCACCAAAUAAAGGUUUCAAAUACACAGAACCUGUAAGAAAGAAAGCUGAUAGGGAGAAUUUGAAAGGUGUUGAAUGCAAGCAGUGCAAGAAGUUCUAUGAUGCUGUGCUUCCUGAUGGCCGUGUGAAUGGUAAUGGCACGGAUUCUACAAGCAUGAGGUGCGAGCAUCAUGAUGGCGUGUCCAGGCAUAGAUACAGGUAUGCUCCUCCAUCGACGCCCGAAGGGUUUUGGAACAUUGGAUUUGAAUCAGAAAUGUAACACUUGAAGCAGGAGGCAAACUUCUUUGGUGUACAUUGUACAAUGUCCUGUCACAACAUAGAUUCUUAGUUACCCUGGAUAUUGGUAACGGUGCAGCAAAUAUCAUGUUGGAGAAAUACACAUCAUCGUUGAGGUUGAUGGUAGUUACAUAGUGCCAAUUUGUUGAGGAUAGAACAUUGUGUCAGUUUACCAGUUCUAUGUAAAUUUAGAAAAGUUGAACAGUUGCUUUUUAGUGUUAAUUUACAAUUGAAAAAGCAGUUCUGUUGCCCUGAAAAAUUAUCAUUCAGUGGCAAACUAACUUUGU